AGGACUUUGGUGACUGCAGAAGUGUUCGCGAGUUUUCCGCGCGGAGUCCUCAUUGGCCAGCAGAUGGGCAGCGUGUUGGACGUCCUGGUGGGUUCUUGCCUGUUUGGGUGCCUCACGUUUGCCAUGUGGGACCCGCGGAACCUGGGUGCUCGUCGAGAACUCGGGGCCAUCUUCAUGGGCCUCGCCGUCAUCGCCAUUGCCCUCAGUUUUGGAUACAAUUCUGGAUUCCCCAUCAAUCCAGCUCGCGAUUUCGCGGCCAGGCUAUUUGCAGUGAUGGCAGGCUGGGGCACGGGACUGUUCCACUAUUACGACUACUACUUCUGGAUCCCUGUGGUGGUUCCGCACAUUGGCUGCCUGCUGGGGGCUUUGCUUUACGAGCUCUACAUCGGCUUCCACUUCCCUUACUGGACAUUCAACAAUGAAAGCGGGGCUGCUGAGAUAGUCCACCCAGCUCCUCGUCCAGCAGAGGACAGCAGCAAUAAUAACAAGCUGAUCCGCGCGGAACCGUGUAUUUCAAUAAUGUGCUGUUUCGUUUUGGUGAAACUUUCGAGUUAG